GGCGUCGUCGUGGCCGCCCGCGUGCGCGUGACGCACGCCGACGUCACUGCGCCUCGCCCCGCCCCCGGCCGGCGGCGGGAAUCUUUUCCGGACGCUUCCCAGUCGAAGCGUCGCGCCUUCUGGGCUCUCCUAGGAAGCCAUAGUCUAUGACGCCAUGGCCGCCGCCUGGGCUGGACUCACGUUGCCCGCUGUCGUGGAGGAGCUCCUGAGUGAGAUGGCCGCGGCGGUGCAGGAGAACGCGCGAAUUCCUGAUGAGCAUUUAUCAUUGCUGAAGUUCAUCUUUGGCCCAUCAGCCAUUCAGGCCUUGGACCUUGUUGAUCGACAGUCCAUCACCUUAAUCUCAUCGCCCAGUGGGAGGCGUGUUUACCAGGUACUUGGAAGUUCUGGUAAAACGUACACAUGUUUGGCUUCUUGUCAUUACUGUUCAUGUCCUGCGUUUGCCUUCUCCGUGCUGCGGAAGAGUGACAGCCUGCUGGAGCCCAGAGCACCAAGCAGGAGCAAGACAUACUCACACAACUCCCUGUUCCAAAGGAGAACAUCAUUACCCACCUAAGAGCAGUGCAAGCAUCUCUUGGCAGUUUAUCUUAGCCAGGUGACAGGGACCUGCCGACAGCUGAAGGUCUCUGACAAGCAACUGACAGACGUAUUAUUCGCAGAGAAGAAACAAAAAGCAUAAAAGAUACAGAUUAAGCAUCAUUAUCUUUCAAAAUAGAAGUCCCACCCCGAAACACGUGGUUCAUGUGGAAGAGAGGUGAAAUAAUCUUCUGGAGACUUCUUGUUACUGUCCCUCUUCCCUCCUGGACAAGAGACUGUGAGUUGCAACCCAGGAUGUGUGUAUGGUUUGAAGUUCUGUACAGUUCUUGUGGAAAAUCAGAACCUGCCUGUGAGGCCCUUGGAUAAAUUUCUGAGGUGGAAUCAAGCAUGUUAGACUCAAACAAACCCUAAUCUCUAUCACACCCUGUCUGCAAUUAGAUUAAGUUACUGAAGUACUUAGUAAUUUUUAAGAGGUUGGAAUGGUAGAUGAAACUGGUAAGAAAAAGUUUAGAUGAGUUAAGUGUUACUUCUUUUCUUUGGGUCCAGGGAAUCACUCUGCAGCAACAAAAGAGCAGAGCAGAGCUAUGGCUAAGCAGCAGCAACUAUAAAAAGACUCCGGGGUUUUAGUUUCACUGAGCUUUAGCUCUCGGUGGUGUUGCCAAAAAAGCUUACAUAAGCUGUAUUGUUAGAAAGGUGUAUCUGAAGCAAGGAAAGGGCUGGUUUUGCUCUGCGUGCGUUUCUGAGCUUUGUAAGAAGCCAAAUGAAGGAAGAGACAAAGUCAUGCCCUGAAGGAAGCAGAGAAACCACCAAGGAUUUCCGGUCUGAACAAGAAAACGGAAAAGAGACUCCAAGAGGAGAGUUUUAGAAGGGAGGGAGAUGGGACUCGUCUGGACCCCGAGGGAGUGAGGGGUAAGGACAGAUGGCAGUGAAGAUGAGGCCACCUCAGCCCAGAAGAACUUCCUAAGGAAAGCCAUUCAUGGCCAGAACGGGAGCCUGGAAGGCCAGGAAUGCUGUCUGCGGGGCUUGCACACCUGCAGCUUCCUUGUGCAGAUAUUACAGCAGUGAACACACAGAGGGGAGAGAUUUUACGGCCCAGGAAACACGAGGUGCGGGUGCUGGAGAGCCGUGUGACCGGCUCACGGGCGGUGCAGCGUUCUCUGGUGGCCAGAGCCUUGGGUUCCGUGGAGGCGCAGCACACAAAAGCUGUCAGGACUUUCCUACUUGGGAAGCUUGGGCUGGGUAUAAACUUCUCCCUUUAAGCAGUCUUCAGAACAAAGAAUAGAAGGUAGAUUCAGCACCCUGAGCUUGUUUUUUAAGUUUUAUUUUUAUUUCAUGUCAUACACAUACACAGUUCUAUUAAAAUUUUCACACUUGGGCUCCAGCAACUUGGCCAAACGUCAGCUUGGUAGAGAACUAAAAAUCACUGCCUAACUCUAGAAGGGGAAGACGCAGUCUGGAAAAGGAGGGAUCGAUCCCAUUUCUCCAGUUUCUUCCUCUAGGGUAUGGCUUUGCAGUAUGCGGAGAAGAAUGUUAGGAAAAUUGUUAUCUGAUAUUCUACUUCAGAACUUAUUAGAGUGUCAUUUCCCCAAAUAAAUACAGCAGUUUCUUGACUGAAGAAUUAAACUUAAUUUUCCUGGUCACCUUCCUAAGAAUAAGUAUGUAUUUUUAGUAUGUCCAACUUUUGUUUCUCCAUUGCUUCUAAAUUAAAAAAUAUUUGUAUUACAAUA